CAGCUGAUUCCUCCUCACUAGUACCUACGCCCAUCGCAUCGGACCGAAGACUGGACUGGAGCUUUUACUUACUAGCAGCACCUGAUAUUUUUUCGCGGUGAGAGAUUGAUGAGAACUCCAGAUGGGUUCUGAGAGAGUCAGGGAUGUCAUUAUUGUAGGAGCUGGGAUCAGCGGUCUAUCAGCUGCCAAGCUCUUACAUGAAUCUGGCCAAGAUGUACUGGUACUGGAGGCCAAUGAUCGAGUCGGAGGGCGUACAUGCAAUUUCUAUGACAAGGCCAUAGACUACACGGAUAUAGGCGGGGCUUACAUGGGACCAACUCAGGAUCGCGUCUACAGACUAUCUCAAGAAUUGGGUGUGGACAACUUCCGUUGCUUUGAUGAAGGCACAGCCAUUGCAUACAACCGGGGUAGAUGGCGCACGUUGACAGGUCUAUAUCCUGACACAUGGAACCCCUUCGUUAACAUGGACCUCAACCAUUUCUGGCACUUAGUUGAUGAGAUGGGGAAUAAGAUUCCAAUGGAUCAUCCUUGGGACUUUCCUGAAGCGGAGGAAUGGGACAGUAUGACGGUCAAGGAAUGGGCCGAGAAGACAUUCUGGUUUCAACUGACCAGAGACUUCAUUGCUGUCCAGAGUGCUCUUGGGUUCUGUGCUGAGGAUAAGGACAUGUCUCUCCUGUACUUCCUCUGGUAUAUCAAAGGAGGCUGUGGUUAUUUGAGAUUUUCAGCAACAGAGAAUGGUGCUCAGGAAAGGAAGUUUGUUGGAGGCAGUCACAGAAUCAGUCUCACAAUGGCAGAACGGCUCGGUGAAGAACGAGUCUUGUUGAGUAAACCAGUGGCUCAUAUAGCCCAGGACGCAGAGUGUGUAACAGUUACUACGGCAACAGGCGAUAUCUACAAGGCCAAGUAUAUAAUAGCAGCUCUUCCUCCUGCCAUGCACAAUAAGAUUGCAUUCACUCCUAAUCUACCAUCACUCAGACAUCAGCUGAACCAAAGGUAUCCAAUGGGGUCUGUGAUUAAGACUAUGAUGUACUAUGAGCGGCCUUUCUGGAGAGAUUCUAAUUAUUCCGGCCUGAUUUUGGCUGAUGGAAUUAUAUGUGGGACACAGGAUGAUUGCAAGCCAGGCAGCAAGUAUCCUGCUAUCAUUGGAUUUGUGGCAGGAGAUGCAGCCAGAGAGAACUGUCAUCUAACCAAAGAAGAAAGGUGAGUGAGUUAUGUACAUGUA